AUGGAGUUCGUGGAUGUUUUCACCCCCGUUUUGGCCACCAUGCCGGCCACCUCUCCUCCAAACUCCUCUCUGGAGAACCAGAACUCCUCCUCCAGCCCCAGGUCUCCUCCUCCUCUGCCGCACUCCCAGGUGGCAUCUGUGUUCAUCGUGCUGGUCGUCGCCAUGAUCAUCCUGGGGACACUGGUGGGGAACGUGCUGGUGGUGGUGGCCGUGUUUACCAGUCGAGCCCUCAGGGCGCCUCAGAACCUCUUCCUGGUGUCUUUGGCUUCAGCAGACAUACUGGUGGCCACGCUGGUCAUCCCCUUCUCUUUAGCCAAUGAGGUAAUGGGCUACUGGUACUUUGGCACCACCUGGUGCUCCUUCUACCUGGCUCUGGACAUCCUCUUCUGCACCUCCUCCAUCGUGCACCUCUGCGCCAUCAGUCUGGACCGUUACUGGUCAGUGACUAAAGCCGUCAGCUACAACCGUAAAAGGACCCCGAAACGGAUCAAAGCCAUGAUCAGCAUCGUGUGGCUCAUCUCCAUCAUCAUCUCAUCACCGCCGCUCCUCAUGACGCAGCAGGAGGGCGCUCUGGAGCUGGAGGAGAACAAAGAGUCAAGUCAUCAGGAGUGUCUCCUCAUCAACCAGACUUGGUACAUCCUGUCCUCCUGCCUGGUGUCCUUCUUUGCCCCCGGCAUCAUCAUGAUCCUGGUCUACUGUAAGAUCUACCGCGUGGCCAAGCAGCGAGCUUCCACCGUCUUUGUGGCCAGGAACAUGAUGGAGCGGCAGCCGUCGCAGUCAGAGACAUGCUUCGCCGCCAGGACCUUCCACAGGAAAGGGGCCGUCUGUGACAGAUCGCCGUACGAGCUGGCAACCCCGCCCCCUGCCGACAGACUCAGCUCGUCUAAUGUGGAAAGCAGCAGCAGUCGGAGAGGUGAGCUGGAGGACAUCCACCUGGAGGAGAAGGACAGUGACGCUAAAAGCUCCUCCUCAUCCUUCACCUCUGCUCUACGCUUCCCCCGGAGAGCAGGGGGAGGAGCCAAAACCGAGGAGAAGAGGGAGGUGGAGGCGGACAGACUGCAGCUGCCGCCCCCAUCCUGCGCCUCCAUAUCCUGGGCUUCCUCCGACCUCCUCCUCCCGUCACCACUACCCCUCCGCAGCCGCCGGGCGUCACUGUCCCGGCAGAAGGUGGCUCAGAUGAGGGAGAAGCGCUUCACCUUCGUGCUGGCCGUGGUCAUGGGCGUGUUUGUCCUCUGCUGGUUCCCCUUCUUCUUCACAUAUAGCCUCCACGCCGUCUGCAGGGAGAAAUGCGUCAUCCCCGACUCGCUGUUCAACCUCUUCUUCUGGUUCGGGUACUGCAACAGCUGCCUGAACCCCAUCAUCUACACCGUGUUCAACCGGGACUUUAGGAGGGCCUUCAAGAAGAUCCUGUUUGAGACUCACAGAGCCACGUGA